AUGGCCGACCACGGAACCAAUGCGCCGGAGGAAGGCAACCGUAGCCUCCCAUCCGCCUCCAAGGCCCAGGACACCCCGGUUGUCCCGAUGACCGAGCAAUCCAGCGUCCCUGGCCAUAUGACCACGGAGGACAAUGCCCCCCACCAUCCAGUCGCCGGUGACUCGACCGAGCAGGGCGUGGGAGCCGAUGACCUCAACGCUGAGGUCACUGAGGCCGAAGGCCGGCUCGAUGCUGAAGAGGCUCGGCUGAAUGAGCUCUUUCGACGUCCGGACGGCCCAUAUCCGGCCGACUGGCCUACCGAUCCCCGAGCUAAGUUCAGGCGCGUCAUUGAGGCUGACGUCUGUAUGGAUCUUGCCGCUCAGGCUCUCUGUGCCGAGUUGGGAAUAGCCACGGAGGAUAACAACAGACGGCGCAAUACUAACCUGUAUGACGCCGGGGACAAGCUCGUCGAGGACGAAGAUGAGCUCGCCGAAAAUGAGCUUGCCGAGGGAAAGAUUCUCGAUGGUAAUAAAGAUGGUUCUUCUGUCCGGAACAUUGAUAGUAACAUCAUUCACCAGGGAAGAGAGAGUAACUCUCUAGACGACCUCAUUGAAUCUCUUAUCGCUGAAGAUGGCAACGCGGAUGCAGAAGUUAUCUCUAUCAAGGGUGGUGAAAUCGCGACAUUACCUUCAGCGCUAUUUGAUACGGAUCCGAAAUAUGGGUUAUCUGAUUCAGAGGUCACGAUUCGGCGCAAGAAGUUCGGUUGGAACCGUAUGCGAGAAGAGAAACAUAAUUAUGUUCUCCAGUUUCUUUCCUUCUUCAACGGCCCUGUGCAAUGGGUUAUGGAGGUCACGGUUAUCCUAGCGGGCGGAUUGCAAGACUGGAUCGACUUCGGUAUUAUUUGCGCUUUGCUCUUAUCAAAUGCAAUUGUUGCGUUCGCUCAAGAAUAUCAAGCCGGCAACAUUGUCGCAAGUCUGAAAAAGACACUCGCUCUCCGUGCUUUAGUCCUUCGUAACGGUUCGAUUUUGGAGAUAAGCAGUGAAGAAGUCGUCCCCGGUGACAUCAUUUAUGUAAAAGAUGGCACAAUUGUUGCGGCCGAUGGCAGGUUGGUCUGUGACGACGCCUAUAUUCAGGUCGAUCAAUCCGGAAUCACAGGAGAAUCUCUUGCGGUCGAUAAGCACAAAGGAGACCCGAUCUUUGCUUCGUCGGCCGUAAAGCGAGGAACUGCGUUGAUGGUCGUGGUAGCCACUGGCGAUCAUACCUUUGUUGGAAAUGCGGCUGCACUGGUCAACAAGGCUGGCAAUACCACUGGUCACUUCACCCAAGUCCUGAACGGAAUGGCCAGUAUUCUUCUGGGUCUUGUGGUCUUCACGAUUGUGGUCAUCUUCAUCGCGAGCUACUAUCGUUCCAAUCCGAUUGUCCAGAUAUUGGAAUUCACCCUAGCAAUCACCGUUGUUGGGGUUCCUGUUGGCCUCCAUGUGGUUGUCACCACGACAAUGGCUGUCGGUGCCUCCCACCUAGCCAAACAACAGGCGAUUGUUCAGAAGCUCUCUGCUAUCGAGUCCUUGGCUGGAGUCGAAAUCCUGUGUUCGGAUAAAACAGGCACGCUGACCCGGAACCGAUUGACAUUGGGGGAUCCGUAUCUAGCUCCCGGGAGGACUGCAGAAGAACUCAUGCUGACUGCCUGUCUUGCGGCAAACCGGACAAAGGGUGGAAUUGAUCCCAUCGAUAAGGUCUUUAUCAAAGGUCUCCGCUUUUACCAGCGGGCCAAGUCUCAGAUCGGCUCAUACAAGACCCUCGAGUUCUACCCCUUUGACCCGGUGUCGAAGAAGGUCACUGCUUUCGUAAAAGGCCCCGAUGGCGAAGAACUCAUCUGUGUCAAGGGUGCUCCUAUGACUGUCCUGCGAACGGUGGGAGAAGACACCAUGCUGUCCGAGGAAUUCGUUAAAGACUAUGAGGCGAAUGUCAAUGAAUUCGCGAGUCGAGGAUUCCGAGCACUUGGGGUUGCCCGCAAGCGUCAAGGGGAGCCAUGGGAGAUUUUAGGUAUCAUGCCGUGUUUGGAUCCACCGCGCCAUGACACUGCUAAGACCAUUGCCGAGGCAAAAGAGCUUGGUCUCGCCAUCAAGAUGCUCACUGGAGAUGCAGUUGCCAUUGCACGUGAAACCGCUCGUAAACUUGGACUUGGAACAAACAUAUACAACGCUGAGCGACUUGGGGUCACUGGUGCCGGCUCCAUGCCGGGGUCUGAGAUCAAUGAUUUUGUGGAGGCUGCUGACGGUUUUGCAGAGGUCUAUCCCCAGCACAAGUAUAGUGUGGUCGAGAUCCUUCAGCGGCGAGGAUACCUCGUGGCAAUGACUGGCGACGGCGUGAACGAUGCUGCAUCGCUGAAAAAGGCCGACACUGGAAUCGCGGUAGAAGGCGCAUCCGAUGCUGCCCGCUCCGCUGCUGAUAUUGUUUUCCUGGAACCCGGUUUGUCGGCCAUCAUUGAUGCGGUCAAGAUUUCCCGCCAGAUCUUCCACCGUAUGUACGCAUACGUGGUGUAUCGAAUUGCCCUUUCCAUCCACUUGGAACUGUUCCUCGGGUUGUGGAUGGUGAUCAUGAAUGAGACCCUCGAUCUUCGCUUGACUGUUCUUCUUGCUAUCUUUGCGGACGUUGCAACAUUGACGAUUGCUUACGACCAUGCCUCGUAUUCACAAUCACCUGUCAAAUGGAAUCAGCCACGACUCUGGGGAGAAUCCAUCGUCUUGGGACUUAUCCUGGCCGCCGGUACCUGGGUCACAUUUGGCUCCAUGCUGUUGCAAGGUGACGACGGUGGUGUGAUCGAAGGCUGGGGCUCACGAGACGAAGUCCUGUUCUUGGAGAUCACUUUAACCCAGAGUUGGUUGAUCUUGAUCACCCGCGUCACCGGAUCCAGAUCGUUUUUGACCAACCUUCCCUCGAUCUGGCUUCUCGCUGCUAUUGUGACUGUCAAUGUGGCUGGAACUUUGAUGGCGGCGUAUGGUAUCUUUGGUGAACCGACCUCCUGGUUAACCAUCCUUCGGGUCUGGAUUCUCGCUUUCGGGAUGACGUGUGCGAGUGCUCUGGCGUUCGUCUUCAUGCAUAAUUCCCAGAGAUUCAAUAAUCUCAUGCACGGCAAAGGUCCGCGGAGAAAUGACAGAGAGCGGUCCUGGGAAGACUUUGGACUCAACAUGCAGCGCAUGGCGAACCAGCAUGAAAGGAGCAAGUGA